AUGUCUCACCACGCGCGGCUGUGUCUGCCGCUGCUGGUGAUGGUGAUGGUGAUAGCGGGCUCUGCCACUGCUCUGACACCACUGGAACGCUUCACCGCCCGUCUGGCCAGCGGUGAACUCCGCCUGCCACCUCAGGCGUACCGGAUGAGUGAGCUCGGCGAACACAACGGAACCCUGCCGACCGACCUGGUGCUGGCCACGGUGAACGAUGUGCUGGAGCCCUCUUGUCGCCAUCUGUGUCUGAGCCGGCCCCACUGCCUGGGUACCGCUUACCGUCCCAGCGACCAGCUGUGUCUGCUGUCUGUCCGCCGGCCGGUACCGGACCGCCUGGAGCCGACCGAGGAGCCGUGGGUGCUGGCGGCGCGCCGGGGCCUGGCCUUUCUCGACGAGCCGUGUGAGAGGGACGAGGACUGUCGGCUGGUCGUACCGUGGUCAGAGUGUCGGGCGGACGUCUGCGUCUGCCGCCACGCCGCUAACCGGACGGCCGAGGACGGGUGCGUGCCGCGCGGCGAGCUGGUGCCGGCGCCCGGCGGUCGGGCCGACGACAGCGCCCUGCUCCGCUCCGAGUCAGCCGUCGACAGCGACACCUGCCGCCAGCUGUGUGAGGAGGAGCCGCGCUGCCUGGCCGUCGAGCUGACCGCCGAUAGUUGCCGACUCUUCUCCCAGGGAAUCACUGCCUCCACUGGCGACAACAGCUCACAGAGCUGGACGCUGCAGCUGGAGGGCCCGCCCGGCAUCCGUCCCGAGGAGCUACUGAACUUCGACGGUACCUGGUUCAUCAACACCGUGGCUCCGGCGAUGAAUUUCACGGCAGCCUCGCGAUUCUGCGCCAAACGUGCGGGCAUUGUGUGGCCGGGUGGCUCGGAGGAUACCUACCGGGGUCUGGUGAGCGCCGGUCAUCUGCCUCCGUCGCCGGAAAGUUUCUGGGUCGGUUUGGAUGACCUGAUUCGCGAGGGAAAGUUCAUCCGCAGUGAUGGAGAGAUGAUGUCAGCAUCCGACAUGCCCUGGGCCGCCAACCAGCCAGACAACGCCGGUGAUCUGGAGCACUGUGUCGUGGUGUUCAGCUCGGAGUACCAGCUCAACGAUGCCACCUGCGGUCUGUUGCGGCGCUUCGUCUGUCAGGCUCUGGGCGAGAACGUGGCUCUCGGCCGACCGGCGUGGAUGUCCACCAACCGCGGCGCGCCUCCGUCCCACGGCACCGACGGCCUUCUGGUGGAAGCUGUCCGAACGUCGACGCUGUUCAAGACCAAAGAGCAGGUGUGGACGGUCGACCUCGGCAUGCAGCACCAGGUCAUCGGCUUUCUGUACGCCGCACCAAUGGCAGAAAAUAAAGUCCAUAAAAGGAACACCAAGGUGUAUGUCAGCUCGGAGCCCCUGCCGAACGACUCGGAUGUACUCUGUCGUCACCUCACCGUCCGGCUUCUGCUGGAGUGGAUGGCUCGCUACUAUGCCUGCGACUUCCCCGUUCAGGGAAGAUACCUACACGUCACGAGGAAGGCGGGUCUCCGAGUCCUGAUGUCGGAGCUCAUGGUUUUUGGCCAUCCAAUCUAUGAAAGCUAAAACGAUAGCCGUACGACCUCCAAGUAACCAAGAUCCUCCAAGAUCCUCCAAGAUCGAUAACCACAUGAUGGAUACGAAUUUUGGUACCGUAGAUGUGCAGUUUAUUUCCUAGCUUGUUAGCUGGCUUACAAGGACGACCCACGAUCCAUAUUCUUCUCUGGGAAUCGUCAGGCUACAUUUGGAUCGCCACCUCUUCAUUGUGUUUCGACUUUUGCAUUAGAAUUUUGAUUGCACUGCCCUUGUAAGUUGUAGCCUGUAGGUAGGUACUGGCUCCGAAGCUCUUCAUAUUCGAUAUCUUACUGACGCACCAUGAAAAGGUCAUGCUGUAAUUCGGUUAUUGUGUCGACAUUUAGGAAUCUUCCAUUUCGACAUGCCUGAAUGCCAAAUGGUAACACUAGACUGUCGAUUGAGCAUUGAUCACUGAAGCUGAACGUGACUUAUUUUAGUUAGAUGACGAUAUAUUUUG